AUGGUCCCGGUGGUGAUUGAGAGCACCAGCCGGGGGGAGCGCGCCUUCGACAUCUACUCCCGCCUCCUGCGGGAACGCAUAGUUUGCGUGAACGGCCCCAUUGACGACCACCUCAGCAACCUGAUUGUGGCCCAGCUGCUGUACCUGGAGAGCGAGAACCCCGAGAAGCCGAUCAGCCUGUACAUCAAUUCCCCAGGGGGCGUGGUGACUGCUGGGCUGGCCAUCUACGAUACCAUGCAGUACAUCCGCUGCCCCGUGGGCACGCUGGCGGUGGGGCAGGCCGCCUCCAUGGCCUCCCUGCUGCUGGCGGCGGGCGAGGCGGGGCAGCGGCGCUCGCUGCCGCACAGCCGCGUCAUGGUGCACCAGCCCUCUGGCGGCGCCCGGGGCCAGGCCACCGACAUUGCCAUCGCCGCCAAGGAGAUCCUCAAGAUGCGGGAGCUGCUCAACGGCCUGUACGUGAAGCACACGGGGCAGACCGCGCAGCGCGUGGAGGAGGUGCUGGAACGUGACUUUUUCAUGUCGGCGCCAGAGGCCCGGGAGUUUGGCAUCGUGGAUGAGGUGAUCGAGCAGCGGCCGGCGGGGGAGGCCGAGGCGCUGCUGGCCAGCGCGGCGGCCGCCAAGCUGUUCUGA